CGAGAGUUGAAGAAAUAAAAAUGGCGGCGCCCAUCGAAAUACACAAAUUUUGAAAUUCUGAAAGACUUUCGUUUGUGUAUCGUUAAAUUGAGACUUUUAUCGAUAUUUUUGCGAAGAUAAAUUUAAAGUCAUUGUAAAGGCCCACAAAACCAGUUGCUAUGGCUGAUCAAAAGGAAGAGAAAACUACAGUUUACACACUUGCUCCCGAUACUGAACUCAGAUUUGAGGUUGAACAUGACGCUAAUGUUUGUGUGGAGCUGAAAGGAGGCCUUGCAGAAAUAUUUGGAACAGAGUUAACAAAGAACAAGAAAUUUUAUUUUCCUGGUGGUUCCAAGAUUGCAAUUUUUACUUUCCAAGGAUGCAGUACAGAGGUUGCCUACAUUGCCCAAGAGACCCCAAUGACAAUCUACAUCAACACACAUGCUGCUUUGGACCAGAUGAGACAAAUUGCUUUAAAGGAAGGUGGUCGAGGGCCCAGGAUCAUGGUAGUCGGACCUAUGGAUGUUGGGAAGACGACAGUGUGUAAGCUGCUACUGAAUUAUGCAGCUAGGCUAGGAAGGUCACCUAUAUAUGUUGACCUUGAUGUUGGACAGGGUAAUAUAUCUGUGCCAGGAACAAUAGGUGCUUUAGUGGUAGAACGACCAGCAGACUUGGAGGAAGGAUUCUCACAAUUAGCACCACUCAUUUAUAACUUUGGCCACAUCAGCAUUGGAGACAAUGCUGUCCUCUAUAACCACAUUGUGUCUAAACUAGCUGAUGAGAUCAAUAUUAGGUGUCAGUCAAACCAACAUGGGGUUCAAGAAAUCCGCAAACUUCAUUACAAACUCUUCUUCGAUCUUCAUAAUGAGUUAUCAUCCAGUGAACUCUCCAGCCUUAAAUCUCAGUGCUCGUCACACAAUGUCCGCCAAACCAAGCGAUUGCUGAAUGCCAACUCUUGUAUUGCUGUGUGCCAAGCUAUUGAGGAAGUAGGUGGCAUAAGUCUGGGUCAGUAUGGGACUCUGGUGUCAAUGCUGAGCAAGAUUGGACGCGGGGACUUGUCAGAGCUUGCUGUUCAGACUGAGAGAGAGAUUGUUUGUAUAAGGGAGACAGUAGGUGGUGGUGCUAUCACACAGGCCACACAGAACCCUGAAGUAAACAAUAUGAACAAUAUGAUCAUUCUGGAUAUAAGCAAACUCAUUGCACCUCAUGAGUUCAAAGAACUAAAGAGCAUUAUCCACGCUUGGGGAUACACUUGUGAUGAUUUACCAUUUUAUUCUACAAUGCUGGACUUGAUGUAUGGGUUACAGCAACAGGGAGUUAUCGUCCCUGGCAACUAUAAAAGCCUAUGGGAUAUGAUGAUUGUAUUGGGACGCAUGGAUCUGGCUGAGAAAUGUGAAGAGAUAGGCAAUAAGAUAGGCAAACUAUUGAAAGUUACAUUGGAUGACUGCCCCAUAAAUGAUGUGCUCACGAAUAAAUAUCAGAAAGACAUUAGAAAACUGCAUUACAAACUUUUAGUUGAUAUAUCUCGACAGUUAACCCCUGACAAUAUUACAGGAUUACGGAAUACUUGUAGAGGUUGGCAAAUGCAAGAACUUUCAUUUGAAUCUACCAGACUAGAUUUACUGAACUCAUUAGAACUCCAGGGCAUUGUAGAACCGGGAAAUUAUAAAGAGUUGAAGAAUAUAAUGCAGCGACUUGGACGUGAUGACUUGUACUCAUGGGUUGCUGAGAUUGAAGUGAAAGUGUCGGAUCUCUCUGUGAAAGGAUCAUUAGGAGGUCUUGAGAUGAAAUUUCCAGACACAAGGAGUUUUCUGCAGCGAGGCAAUGUUGCAGCUAGUGGAGUUGUGAUCAAUACAUGUGGAUGGAUAAAAGGUGGAGGAUACCAAAGCAUACUACAUGCUGCAUGGGCAUUUGAAACUGAUGUGAUUCUGGUUCUUGACCAAGAGAGACUGUACAAUGAACUCUGCAGAGAUGUACCCGAUUUUGUUAAAGUAGUGCUGCAACCUAAAUCAGGAGGGGUUGUUGAGAGGUCCAGGGAGAGACGUAUGCAAGCCAGGGAUGAUAAGAUACGAGAAUACUUCUAUGGAAUCAAGCAACAGCUUUACCCACAUUCUUUUGAAGUCCCCUUUUCUACGGUGAAAAUAUUCAAAAUUGGAGCCCCUGUGUUGCCUGACUCUUGUUUACCAGCUGGGAAUAAAUCUGAAGAUAAUGAAUUGAAGCUGGUACCAGUACUACCAGGACAGUCAAUUCUGCAUCGUGUUUUGUGUGUCAGUCUUGCUAAGUCAGAGGAGGAGGAUGUUGUCAGUAAGAAUGUAGCAGGUUUUAUUGUAGUUACACUGGUUGACAUGGAAAGAGAGACAUUUGUUUAUGGACAUUCACUGAGAAUAGGUGUUCAUAAG